AUGGAUAACAAAGAUGGGAUGUACAAGUAUAUGAUUGUUCCAUGGUGCAAGUCGCAUGCGAAGUGGCAAAAUACCAAAUGUGGUGUCGAUGCGCUUUACAAAUCACAUUCGGCAGGCUUCAUACGAUGGUGGAUGACCAGAACUUUCAUGCGUACCACCAGACUCGCAAUCAACUUGUGCCGGCCUGGUCACGAGCCUAUGGGACAUCUACGAUGCUCUAUUGAUACACAAGGAGAUUUGGCUCGCGAUCACUCUGUCAAUGUGAAACCAUUUCCUUACCAUGGCCCAAGAUCGUCUAGGACGAAGACCUUGGUCAGAACGCCUCGUUUGCAUAUUGGGCCUCGGCCGGUACCCGGUGCUGAAACGGAUGGUCUUUUCGAGUCGACACCGACGCAUAGACCUGGAACAACAGUUAGAAUGAGCAAAGAGUCAAGCUUCAAGUCGCCACACACCUACUAUACGCACGCUGCAAACUUGAAGGCGGUCAACAAUGUGGUUUUGUUACUUAAAACCAACAGAGACAAGCCCGAAUUCCCUUGGACAAUAUUCAGAGUGCGAACCACACCAAAAGUGCCCCUUGCUUUAAUGGAAUUCCACGAGGUGCAGCGUCCAGGAGAGCGUGUUUCCGUUGAUAUGGGCGGUAGCAAUGGUAUCACAUGA